CUCCUGCGGUGCAUGGAAGCAACAGCGGCUUCGGAAUGGCGAUGGUGCUGUAAUCGCCGCCACUGAAGCAAGGAUCUUACCAAAUAACUGGGUUAUGGAGAAAAUGCGUGCUAUGAGCUGAAUUCAGUCGCAAAAUUGGAAUUUGUGUAAUUAUUGGUGGGGUGGCUUGCUUGGCGUGGGCAGUUGUGGAGGAGCUCAACAAUGCGGUGGAGGGAGAGGGUGUGGCGAUGGGUGACUAGAUCCGCAGAGGUGUAUAUGGCGGGGCUGCCUCGAAAGGCCUUCAUCAAUUCCCUCUCCAAUUGUCUCAGGGAGUAUCCGCAGCUCAAUGGUAGGGAAUCAGUUGUUGUGCACCGGAUUGAAGAGCUGUAUCAAUCCGGCAUGGAGCGACACGCAGCCUUGGCAGUUGAUGACCGAGCUUCCACACACCUACAAAUAGCUUGUUUGGUUCAAGGGACAUAUCAAACCUUGCUUCCAUGGUUCAAGAACGACCACGAGAAGGUCAUGGAAAUUAUAAGAAAGCCAGUAGGUGAGAGCUCGGCAGCUGCUGUGGGUGUCGCCCAAAGGAUUGCAUUGUUGCUAAGCUUUGACAAGUUCCGGCUUGUGUCGAAAGGGUUGAAGCACAUGGAGGCAGACUUCGGGAAAGCUUUUGUGGUCGAGCAUUAUGAAAAGCCUGAUUUCCAUAGGGCUAGAGUGCGUCGUUGUCUCUACCAUUCUGUUUUCACAGCCGAAGGCAACCCACAACUGACGCCUAUAUUUUGUGCAUUGGAUAGUAUGUGGUUCGAUCAGUUAAAACCACAGAAGCAUGGAGUUGAAUUCCGGCGACCCACUACUCUUGCCGGAGGGAAUGCAGCAUGUGACUUUGUGUUACGAAAACUAAGGGGGGGUAUUGCUCAACACAAAAAUCGAUAAAAAUCCUACUGUAUUAGGUGAACGUCCCGCCGAGAUUUCCUACACUUCCACGCAUCUCUGUUAUAACCAUCAUUCAUGUGCUCAUUCAAAAUUGAAAAGAAUUAUGUUUUGUAAAUGAUAGAUUGUGUCAA